CAGUAGGUCGAUGACUCCUUUUUAAAUGAAUAUAAACUUCUAAUUUCAUGAAGGGCGCACUUUUAAACGCCCAUGAACUGGUGUUCAAAUUUAUACAACCAUUGGAACUUGAUCACUCCGAAGUUUCAUUUAAGUUCACUUUACGUCAAAAAUGAAAGUCGGAAUUUCGUAUGAGCUACAGUGUGCUUUCCUCUGUUUGUGUUUUCGUGCUAUUCUAUGUGGAUUUAACCAUCGAGUGAUCCCUGCAUGUGAUGAAACUGAAGAUGUAUGUAAAUUUGAAUUUGACGUUCGAUACAAAUUCUCCAUGGUGCAUUAUUUUAACGGGUACUCCACUCCCAUUGUGGUGAGGAACGGGACAUUACUGAAGAGAUCGGUGUAUAGCAGCGACAAAUUUGAACCUCUUACCCCUCAAGAACUAGAUGAAGUUUUAACUGUCGAUGGUGUUUAUAGACUUUUGUUUAGCAUAAAUGGAGAGAUGCCGGGUCCACCUAUAGUUGUAUAUGAAGGGCAAGUGAUCGAGGUCAUGGUGAAGAAUAGUUUGUCUAAUGAAGCGUUCACUAUUCACUGGCACGGAAUGAUCCAGAAAAACACGCCAUGGAUGGAUGGUGCUUCCAUGGUUACCCAAUGUCCAAUCAACUCUGGCGAUUCAUUUCUGUACAGGUUUAAGGCUGAACCACGUGGGACCCAUUGGUACCACUCCCAUCAGGGUACAAUGAGAACAGACGGCUUGGCGGGACCUCUUAUCGUCCUCCCGCGGGAGGAGCGGCUAGACAUACCGGAAGUAGAGGACGACUUUAUUCUGAUGAUCCAGGAUUGGAACAGGAACAUAUCCUCCUUAGAAAGUCAUCAGAUUCAACAUUACAACAUGCACUUAUACACCAAUGAUUUUAAUUGUACAAAUGACUGUUACCUACCCACCCACACUGCGGAUGGGACUAAUAUGGGCGUAGUACCAUUCCACUCGGGACUCAUUAACGGAAAAGGUCACUAUUACCCACAUAAGUCAUAUAAUCCAUUAAUUCCGGAACUUCCCAUAGAGACAUUUAAGGUGAAACCUGACAAGUACUAUCGCUUCCGGGUCAUCAACGCCGCCAUGAUGUUUUCUUUCCGGUUCUCAGUUGACGAACACAUGAUCCAUGUUAUUUCUACCGACGGAAAUGACGUAGAGAUGGAGACUGCGCAGUCAGUGAUCAUUUCUAGCGGUGAACGUUUUGACAUCUUGGUAAAAACAGAUGGGGACCCUAGAAAGAACUACUACAUUCGUGCAGAAACAACUGAAGUUAAAAACAGACAUAAUGAGGAAAUUUAUCCUGGAAGGACUUUGGCUGUUUUAAGAUAUGAGGAUGCACCCGAGGAAUUGCCAAAGACCACACGCCAUGAGUGUACAAGAGAAAGAGUGUGUAAAGUCCUCAAUUGUCCAUUUGAACUGUACCCUGCAGAUGCUAAUAUCAUGUGCAUGUCCACUGCUGACUUCCGGUCCACACAGGAAAUGGUCAGUAGACAACCGGUUCCAAUGCCACCAAGGGGUGAGGAAAUUCGGGAGGAUUUCCUUAACUUUCACUAUGCUGGUAAGAAAGGAAGUCCUUUCAUGGCUGCCAUUAAUGGGUAUAAGUUCGAAUUCCCCACCUGCCCCCCUCAGAUAACAUAUGACCCACCAGCGCGCACCUGUUUCAAUGACUGCCAGGACCACGACUGCGAGGCUUAUUGUGAAUGUACUCAUACCCUCAAAUACGAUCAGCUACCACUGAACGCAGGAGUACAGAUGGUCCUAGUUAAUAAAGAUACAUUUAUUGGUGCUACAAAUCACCCCAUUCACAUACAUGGCCAUCACGUUCACAUCCUUAAGAUUGGCUACCCGGAAGUGGACCACGAAACUGGAUUAAUUGUGAAUGACACACCCGACAUUAGAUGUGCAGGGAAAGAUUGUAAAUAUCCGAGCUGGAUACGUGACGAUUGGGCAGGAGGGAAUGCCCCAGGUCUUAAUCUUAAGAAUCCUCCAUUAAAAGACACUGUUGUGGUACCACGAAAGGGUUAUGUUGUGCUGCGAUUUCCUCUUGAUAACCCGGGAUACUGGUACAUGCAUUGUCAUAUGGAGGCCCACCAACUUGAGGGGAUGACCAUGAUUAUCAAGGAGGGUCUUCAUUCUGACCAGAAGAAACCUCCCAAGAAUUUCCCAACCUGUGGGGAUUAUACAUGGUCAUUCGACGAAUAUGAGGAUAUUGUCAACAGCCCUACCGUUGGACUAGGAGCAGUGUUAAAAAAUGGCGCACAGAGUGAAUACACCAAAGAAUCAGCUACAGGGGACCAGUCCACGGAUGCCCAGAGUUACGCGUCACAGACAACUGUUACUAUUUUGAUUGUCGCCCUUUCUGCCACGGUUCUCUGCCUUGUGGUAGUCCUCAUCAAAUUAGUUCGAUGUAACCCUACACAGAUCAUUGUGCGCAGAGAAUCGUACAACGAAGGAGUCAAAUCCCUUUCCUCCAAACUAAAUGGGACCGACAGGCAACCAUUGCUGUCUUCUAGACCCAAAGUAACAGAAAUAGAAAUAUGAUAGGAACUCUCUAAUGUUAAUCUUACUCGAUGAUUUUGAAUCUCUACAAGUAAAUUUAAAUAAUUAUCCCCCCCCCUGGCUGCCAGUCAUGUAUUUACUGUUUUCUUUAUGUCAAAACAUAGAAAAAUUGCCCAAAGAUCGACUUGAAUCGAAAAAUUGUGUGAUUGCGUAUUACUUGUAACUGUUAAAUCUGGCAUUAGACAAAGGUGAGGAGAAAUUUGCUUUUCACCCGAAAGGAAUGGGGUAUGGAUGGUUUCCUUAACAAUUAUAAAUUUUAAUUUGUUCUUCUCCAGAUAACCUCCCUUUUUUGGUACAAUUGACAGAUUCUGAAAUUUUAUUAAACUGAGAAGUUCACUCUUGUUGUCCUCUGUAUACAGUUACAUGUAGCAUAAUGAAAUGAUAAAUAAUAUAUACCUGUAUUAUUUAGAUAGACAAUCUAACUUAGACUGUUUGAAUACCAAUUUAUGAUUUUUUUUCUCAUUUAUGGCUAAAGAUGAUGAUGCACAAAAAUACAAAAAUAGAGAGCCAUUGUGUUUUAAUUUCUAUGGUAUGAAAUGUGCAAUAUGUGAAUUAUGAAUCAUUUGAAGACAGGGCAAUCUUUUACCAUCCUCCUACGCAGCAAAAGCGGAAGAAUAAAAUGUUCCUUAAUUUGUUAUUCAUAUAUGUCUUGUUUAUCACAAGAAGCAUUUUGAAAAGCAAUUGUCAAACGCUUUUAAGUUAGUAUGCAUUUCAUCAAUUUGAAAACUUGAAUUUUAUAUUUUUUCUAUCUUCCGCUAAGCUUGUUGCCGUACUAACGAUAUAAAACAAGAAUUUUUGUUUUCCGUCAGAUUGCAUUUUACUGUACUGGAAGUGUAAAAUUAAUUGUAUUAAAAUGCUAAAAAAUC